AUGCCUGGAAAGAAGAGGUUGGGGGAUGAACUGCCAGACAUCAUUUGGUUGGAAGGGGUUGGAAGUGAAUGCGGUGAAGGUUGCUUCCUCCUCACUGCCAAGAGUGGCCGCAUGUUUGCGUGCACCUUCCACUCAGUCUUCACAGACUCAUUUCCCUUCACCUCCCCCCCGCUCCUCUCCCAAUCCACUUGCUUCCUCCUCACUGCCAAGAGCAGCCGUGUGCUCGCGUGCACCUCCCACUCACUCUUCACAGACUCAUACCCGCUGGCUUUCCUCCCUUUUCUAUCUCCCCUCAUCUUCCCCCCACCUCUACACCCACAUCCCAGGGGUCGCUUCCUCCUGGCUGCCAAGAGCGGCCGGUUUGGUGAUGACCUGGACACGAUCCAGUGGAACCGGCACGAGCUGGCAGUCAUGCUGGAGAACGUGCAGGCCUACGUGGCACCCACUGACGUGGACCUGACAGCUGGCGUGCAGUGCGGAGUGCUGAUGCUGGGAAGAGGGGCUGCUAGUAAUGGGGAUAUGGAGGGAAGUCACCUACUGAAGCAGGUGUUUCAACCUUGCACCAUGUACCUGGAGUAUACGCGAUACAAGAGCGGGUCUCAGGGUGCCCAGAAGAAGCCGCUAAAGGAAGUGAGUUUCAGUGUGCCCAACAUCACAGCCACCAUGACCUCCCAGCAGUUCCAAACACUCACCGAUAUCAUCAUGAACCUCGCUCUUGCGCCCACGCCCAAGUUGAAGAAGCCAAAGGUGCGGCCCGAUGCAGACGAGGAAGAGGAGGAAGAGGAGGAGUACGGAUCCCGACCAGACGGAGUUCCCGAGGUGGAGGCGGCAGAGGUGAAGGCGGAGGUGGCGCAGCGGGCAGUCAACGCCCUCAUCCAGGACCUCUGGAGCACAGCCUCUCUCACCGCCUCCAGGGCUCACGGGCCCGAGCUGGCGUUUGCUGGGAGCUGGGACGGAGGAGGAGGGGGAGGAGGGAAUGCGGGUGUGUUUGGGUCAGGGCGGCUGGUUUUGGAGGAGGAGGAUCCGAACCACAAGAGCCUUGUGCUCGCGCCGCCCAUGGUGCUGGUCGCUGCUCUCAAAGGAGAGUACCUCGUGCGCAGAGCUUACUUGCGGGCGGCGAGGCAGGAGUGCCGGACGGCGGUGGGGCGGGCGGCACGGCAGCAGCGGGAGAAGCAGAAGCAGCCGUCGUCAGCAGUGGCUGUGAUAUGGACCAUCGACCGGGCGGCGUGGUCGCUGCUGAGUGAUGGGCACGUGUUUGCAGAGGCUGAGAUCCAACACAUGCUCCUGAACGUCGACAGGGAUUUCAACGACAUAGGCAUGGCGUGCUUCGUCAUCAAGUCCAUUGCCGUGCGCAACUGCCUGCCUCAAGCCAAGUCGCGCCUCGUGCUCUCUGCCUGGAACCCUCCUCCCGACUGGUCCCGACAUGCCAUGAUUCGAGUGGUGGGGAAGAUAGGCAAGCCUGUCGACGGCGUCUCCCCCAUUGAGACCUUUGAGGUGGAGAUCUACCCGCUGCGCAUCUACCUGACAGAGCAGAUGUAUCGAGUGGUGUGGGACUAUCUCUUUGCCAAGGAGCCAGACGAGCAGCUCAGGAAGCAGGAGAUGUGGGGUCCUGUGGCGCUCCCAGUGAAGCAGAAGGACAAGCGCCGCUCCACCGCACCUGACACCCUCUCCUCCUCUGCUGCUGCCGGCACUGGAGGUGGGGGGUUCCCCGCGUCAGCGACCGUUGGGGGUGCGGGUGGUGGAGGAGGGGGGAGGAAGGGCGCGGAGGAGCCUCGCUUGAAGCACCAGUCGUCGGCUCCUCCAUCUGCUCUGGUGGUUGAGGAGAUUCCCCCCUUCCCUUCCUUUUUCGCCCUCCCCCCCUUCAACCCCUUCCCUCCCACCAGCGUCGGUCCACCACUGACAGCAUCAAUUCUACUCGCUCUGCCCGGUUGCUCCCUCCCCUCCCUUACUUUCAAUCUGCCAACCACCUCCUCCAUUUUUCUCCCCUUUUCCCCUCUUUCCUCCCACCAGCGUCGUCCUUCUCCUGGCCUGCUUUAUGCCCCUCCAAUUACUCACUCCUCCUCGGCCCCUCUCCCCUUGGCGAAUCCCUAUGGUAGAGGUGCUAGUAGUGCUGGGCUAGGGUACAGAGGAGGAGGCAGGGGCGGGGGAAUGGGCGGGUCUGCGGCAGGGAAAGGUGGAGCUGCUGAUCACAUACGAGGGGUACCCCGUCUCAGUCACCGACCUGCGGCUCCUCAUGGACACAUUCGCCUGCACCGAGUACACCUAAGGCCCACACCUUUCCUUAUUCUGCUUCUUACCCUCUCGCAGGUGGAGCUGCUGAUCACAUACGAGGGAUAUCCAGUGUCGGUCACCGACCUGCGACUCCUCAUGGACACAUUUGCCCGCACCGAGUACACGGGGCCGUGGCGCCCAUUCAACUUGUUAACACUUCCCCCUUCUUCUCCUCUCUCCCAUCAGGUGGAGCUGCUGAUCACAUACGAGGGGUACCCCGUCUCAGUCACCGACCUGCGGCUCCUCAUGGACACCUUCGCCCGCACGGAGUACACGGGGCCGUGGCGCCGCCUCUUCUCUCGCCUUCGCAAGCAUGUCAUCUGGGGCGUGCUCAAGUCUGUCACAGGCAUGCAGGGCCGCAAGUUCAAGGACGCACAUUUGCAAGCCGGAAGCAGCGGUGGCGGCGGCAGCAGCAUCACCACAACCACCCCAUCCAAGUCGCAAGCAGCAGCGGCUGCAGCAGCAGCAGCGGAGAUGGCAGAGAGUGACAGUGACGACGAGAGCGCACCCGCAGGGGGGGCGUCAGGGGCUGGAGUGGACGGGAAAGCUGGCAGGAAGAUUCCCGCAGCAGCAGGGGCAGGAGGAGGGGCCAGCGGGGGAGGAGGAGGGGGAGGGGGGGAGGGGGUGGGCGACGGGAGUUAUGGUGGGAGUGUGGGGGCAGGAGGGGGAAGGGUGGGUGUGUUGGAGGCAGGAUCUGUUGUUCCUGGUGCUGCGGCCACUGCAGCUAGUGGGACACUGGCGGUGGGAGGAGGCGGGGCGUCGAUGCUACUGGCUCGGCUGGGGAACAAGGGGGAGCGCAUGGGAGAUGGGUUCGUGUCGUCGGUUAAAGGGCUGUUUAAGGACCAGCUUGGACGAGCCAAACAUGUGCUUAAGAGCAAAGAGCAGCAGCAGCAGCAGCAGCAGCAGCAGCAGCAGCAGCAGCAGCAGCAGCAGGUGCAUCACCAUCACCACCACCGGCAUCAUCAGCAGCACCAGCAGCAAAAGCAGCAGAAGCAGCAGGGGGGGGAGGAGAAAGAAGGAGGAGGUGGUGGGAGGAGUGGAGAGGAGGGUAGUGUGGGUGGUGAAAGUGGGGUGGUGAAGGGAGAGGGGAGUGGGGGGUCUCCUGUGCUGCCAACAAGGAGUGGGGAGGUGGAGAGAGAGAAGGAGAAAGGGAUGAGCUCACUGGGUUAUAGAGAGGACGAUGGUUUGUUUUUGGAGAGCGACGUCGAUGAGCAACUACUGGUCUACGUCCCAUUCAACCAAGUCGUCAAGCUUCAUUCGAUUGUGAUCAAGGGUCCCGAAGACGAAGGACCCAAAUGCAUAAAGCUCUACUCAAACAGGCCGAACAUGGGAUUCAGCAAUGUGAGCGACAUACCGCCGAGUGACACCAUCAAUCUUACAGCUGAUCAGGUUCAGUCGGGUGAUGAUGUGACUAAGGUUCAGAAGUUGGCCAUACUUGGAAGCACGUGA